AUGAGCCGGGAGACGAGAACAAAGACCCCGACGGCGACAACGGUGACGAAAGAUGCCCGAGGGGCCUCCCCGGCCGAAGAUAUUACUACAUCCACGGCACUGGGAAUAAAUGGAGGCGCACGGGACUUGACCGUCUGUAAUGUGGCCGUUGGCCAUGUCCAGUUUGGGGUUGACGAGUUGGAGAUGAGUAAGCAGCCUAUGGAGUCCCCGGUGGAGUUCCACACUGGCCAGACUGAAGAGCUAUUGGUUACCGCGCUAGGCCACCCGAUGGCCGUGCAGGGUAUUUCAACAGUCGUGUCUGAUGCGGGAGACGACGAGAGACUUUCCGAAGACGUUGCCGAUGGUACGGGCUCAAAAAUGAAGAACUCUGUCUCGUUGGGAUCGGACACAGUGGCUGUCGACGUGAUCUCUGGCGGCGAAGUCGCUUCUGAGGAAGCUCCUACUGGACUCUCUACCGUCGAGGCCGUCAUCGCCAAAUCACCCUCCCUGUCGCCAGACGACGUAAAUGAGGAGGUCGACUCAGCUUGGCUCACACCGGGAGAAGAGAUCGUGUGGGGCUCGUUUUCGACGGUGAGCGUGCCAACCAUCUCCCAAACCGUCGUCGAGGAUACCAGUGUCGUCGUCGAUACCACGGUUGCUGUGAUAAAGCUGGUCUCGAGCCGGGUGCCUGUGCCUAAGUCGCCAGUGGUACCUGCGACGCCGGUGGUCGUGGUGACGGUGGUGGUUAUGGUCAUCGUGGACAUGGGCGUUGUGGCGAUAGAUGUUACCGCUGUUCCCCCGCACGGGCCGGUCGGGACCAAUUGA